AUGACAUCAACUAUGUCGAUCCGACUAGAGAACGCAAUCAAGGAGCGACUUGAGCUGUUGGCGAAUGCAACUGAUCGCAGCAAGUCCUUUCUGGCGGCGGAAGCUAUCCGCGAAUACGUCGAAAACAAUGAGUGGCAGAUCCGGGAAAUCCAAUUAGCGCUCAAAGAGGCAGAUGCCGGCGACUUUGCAUCGGCUGAAGAGGUGGCCGACCUAGGUCGAAAGUGGGCGUCGAGUGCAGGUUAA